ACCGGUUCGUUAUAAGACCUUGGCACACCCCCCAACUCGCCGCCUUGUCUCUUCCCCCUUCCAUCGCGUGCGGCGGCCUCGUUCUCUCUUUGUCGGAUUCAAAUGCCGUUCAAGCGAUAUGUAGAGAUCGGCAGGGUUGCCCUCGUGAACUACGGGAAGGAAUACGGCAGGCUUGUCGUCAUCGUCGACGUUAUUGAUCAGAACAGAGCCUUGGUCGAUGCUCCUGACAUGGUGCGUGGUCAAAUGAACUUCAAGAGGCUUUCUCUUACUGAUAUAAGGAUCGACAUACCACGAGUUCCCAAGAAGAAGACCCUUAUUGCUGCCAUGGAAGCUGCUGAUGUGAAGAACAAAUGGGAGAACAGCUCAUGGGGCAGGAAGCUAAUUGUGCAGAAGAGGAGAGCUUCACUAAAUGACUUUGACAGGUUCAAGGUCAUGUUGGCAAAGAUUAAGAGAGGGGGUGCUAUCAGGCAAGAGCUGGCCAAGCUUAAAAAGGAGACUGCAGUUUGAGUUCCUCUCGAGUAGUAGGCGAAUUUUGUCGAAUUUAUUUCUGUUUUGUUGAGAGCUCGCAGCGAAAACUAAUGAAUUCCUUGUGUGUUUUGUGGAUUUGGAUUUUUGAGAAAUAUUCAAACUUUAUAAGCUGCUGUUUA